AGGGGAGGAAGGGGACGAGUCUGAAGGAGAGGGGCUGGAGUGGGACGUGAAUCAGAUUAUACAGCCUCAUGUGCUGCUCAGACAUAUAGAGAGAGGGAAAAAGAGGAAUGGGAAGAAAGGAUAUAUAGAGUGAGUGAAUAGACAGAGAAUGAAAACACAAGACUAUUGAGAAAUACAGAUAUUUAAAAUCUAACCAAGUACAAUGUGACAGUUGGAGAAAAAAGAAAGAGAAAAUGAGUGAUUUUAAAGUUAAACAGGGGGCAGAUCAGCCAGGAUUAAGAAAAGCAAGAAGGGAAAAAAGAAGUAGUAAAAGAGAGGAAGAAGGAAGGAGAUAGUAUAGAUUGCAGGGAGUGAUAGGGGGCUGUAGAGACACAGGAUAGAGAGUACAAGAGAGUAUAUGCAAUGCCUACCUGGAGAAAGUAUAAGGAGCAACUAAGCCUGAGAAUCAGAAGUGACAGUUCUCCCAGAAUCCUCUUUUCUGCCCUAUUCAUGCCAGCCUGGACAACUUUCACUUUAAGGCUCAUGCUGGUUAUAAUGCCAAGCAUCGUCAUGGGUCACCCACAGUGUUUGGAUUAUAAGCCUCCUUUCCAGCCCUCUCAACCUCUGGAUUUCUGCUCAGCCUAUUCCUCUUUUGGAUGCUGUGACUCUGCUCAGGAUGAGGCAAUUGCCAGCAGGUACCAUUAUAUCACAGAUUUCCUGGACCACUCGGGGGUCACAGCCUGUGGGGAUUAUAUUCGGGACAUCUUGUGCCAGGAAUGCUCCCCAUAUGCUGCUCAUUUAUAUGAUGCCGAAGAUGUCAACACUCCACUUCGUGAUCUUCCAGGACUGUGCGGCAAUUACUGCACGGAAUUCUGGCACCGAUGUCGGUACACCCUUAGCCUGAUUAUUGAGGAAAGGGAUGUGACAGAGAUAGAGGGCGACCUUGGGAAGUUUUGUAGCUUCCUGUCUCUAGAUGAUGUUAACUAUUGUUACCCUAAUGUCCUUACUAAUGCAGAACUUAAUAGUGGCUUAGGGGAGGUAAAAGAGGAUGAGGAGGGUUGUCUCCAGCUAUGUUUACAAGAGAUGGCAAAUGGACUGCGUAAUCCAGUAGCUAUGGUCCAUGCUAAUGAUGGGACACACCGCUAUUUCAUAGCUGAACAGGUGGGCUACAUUUGGGUUUAUCUUCCUAAUGGAUCACGAGUAGACAAGCCAUUUCUCAAUGUUUCCAAAGCUGUACUUACCUCCCCAUGGGCAGGAGAUGAGAGGGGAUUCCUGGGUAUUGCCAUGCAUCCAGAUUUCCACCAGAAUGGAAAAUUCUAUGUCUAUUACUCUAUUCAUGCCAAGAAGGAGGAGAAAAUAAGGAUUUCUGAAUUCCAUGUGUCCACUGAUGAUGUAAACAAGGCUGACCACAAAUCAGAAAGGGUAAUUCUGGAGGUGACUGAGCCGGCUUCUAACCACAAUGGAGGGCAGAUCCUCUUUGGCACAGACGGAUACCUGUACAUUUUUACAGGGGAUGGGGGCAGAGCUGGAGACCCCUUUGGAGAGUUCGGAAAUGCCCAGAAUAAGUCUUCUCUUCUUGGGAAAGUGCUUCGAAUCAGUGUUACUGGGAAUGAAAUGGGACCCCCAUAUCGUAUCCCACCUGACAAUCCAUUCCUGCGGGAACGUGGUGCACGGGCAGAGGUGUUUGCCUAUGGUGCCAGAAAUAUGUGGCGCUGCUCAGUGGACAGAGGUGAUCCAGAAACCGGCAUUGGCCGUGGAAGAAUCUUUUGUGGGGAUGUAGGACAGAACAAGUUCGAGGAAGUGGAUCUCAUUCAGAAAGGGGGCAAUUAUGGCUGGAGGGCGAAGGAAGGCUUCUCCUGUUAUGACAAAAAUUUGUGCAAAAAUGCCUCGCUUGAUGACGUAUUGCCCAUAUUUGCAUAUCCGCACUCUGUGGGAAAGUCUGUGACAGGAGGAUAUAUCUACAGGGGCUGCCAGAUGCCCAACCUGAAAGGGCUGUAUCUCUUUGGGGAUUUCAUGAGUGGGCGCUUGAUGUCCCUUAAAGAGGACAGAAAUGAGGCACAGUGGCAUUACACAGAAAUCUGCAUGGGGCAAGCAACGACCUGUAACUUUCCAAAACUUAUCAACACCUACUUCCCAUAUAUUAUAUCAUUUGGGGAAGAUGAGGCAGGUGAAUUAUAUUUCCUGUCCACUCGGACACCCAGUGCUGCUGUUGCUGCGGGAGUCAUGUAUAAAAUAGUGGAUCCAUCAAAGAGAGCUGCACCAGGAAUGUGUUCUAGCAAUCCUCGGCAAGUGGCGGUGAAGGGGAAACUUGUGGAUUUUUAUCCAACACAAGAACUUCUACUAAAACCUGACAGUGUUACCACACAAACCGCUCUAACAACUGCUCUAAGCAUAGAAGAAAAGACUGAUAGAUUCAGUACUACAACAGAGCCUUACCAUACCACCAGGCAUUACUGGACAAAUACUUUUGAGGCAACUACAGCCCUCCCAUACUUAACUGCUACUCCACUCCCUAAAUCAACCGCUCCUCAAAAAAGGGUAAUGCAGACCUCAAAUACAGGGAACCCCAAAAUGGUGAGUAGGAAGGGAGAUAAAAGAGUAACAGCCACUAAGUCUCCAGUGAUAUCACAACGCAAACCCACCAUGGACCAGAACCUCCCUGAUUCAUAUACUUUUACCACCAAAAGAACAUUCUACCCAACAUAUAUACCUCAUUUUAUCACCACCACACAACAGCAAAGGAGGAACCCAAAGGAAAGUAACAAAAAUGAAGCCAGAUCUAACAGCACAACUCUUACAAGGAGGAAAAUUCUAAAGAAGCAAAAAGUCAAGAUCAAAAAGAAAAUCAAACAUGGAACCGUGCGUUUGAUUGAUAGAAAAAAUCUUCCAGACAGAGGUAGACUUGAGAUUCAUAUAAAUGGCGAGUGGGGAACAGUCUGCAACGAUAAGUUUGAUAGUCAGGCUGGGGCUGUGGUAUGUAGACAGCUAGGAUACCCUUUUGUAUUAAAGGUGGCUAGGAGAGCUGAGUUUGGGGAAGGUAAUGGACUGAGAAUUCUCCUUGAUGAGGUCAAGUGUGAAGGGGGGGAGAAAACACUCUUGGACUGUAGGCGAUCAAAAAUAGGGCAGCAUGACUGCACCCAUGAGGAAGAUGUAGGAGUUGUGUGCGGAAUGGAGGAGAUGGAAGAUGAGGAAGAAUUACAGUUAUCACAAACAUAAAGGUUAGAAAGUUAUUUGCUACUGUAGGAAUAUAAAACUCUGUAUAUCUCAGGAACUCUUGACAAGCCAUCACUGCAAAGACUUGAGCUUUUGUUUUUUAUUAAGUGAACUAGAUAGCAAGACAUUCUGUGAGAAAUCCUUACUUUGCAACAUUACGCAAAUAACUGCUUAUCCAAAAAUGUGUCUUUAAGUGGAAAAGCCCUCAGCAGGUCUAAGGACAAAGCCAAAUUAAGGAGGUGUCACACUGAAACUCUACCAUACAGAAUGCCUUUUCUCUCUCUCUCUAUUCACUCAUUGUUAGAAAAGAGUGUGCAAAUAAAAGAGAGGAAAAUCACACCACUUAUAUUUACUGUAUAUAAAGGUUGCUACAAAAAUAAAAGAAAUCCUUGAGUGGGCUUUUUCACAAUCAGUAACCCUAAACCCAGAACAAUUGCCAAGGUCCCGGUCACAGCUCACAUUUCUGCCUAUAACAGCCACCUUUCGCUUCGGGUGGAG